AGAAAUCUUUUUUUCCCUAUUCCAAAACGCUGUUGUGUUUUUGAUUUGCAAACACUGGACAUACUGUGAGUGUAUAAUAGAAAACCGGCUUUGUUUUCUUUCAGUUUUAAAAGUUUAUCACUCGAAAAAAUAUAUUUCAGGCUAAUGGCGAUUAAUAGAUCGGCUUUAUUAUGCGCGGGAGAUCCUAAUAUUCAGCAGUAUUCUAGAAUGGCUGCAGAUUUGGAAAAACAAGAACUUGAGGCUCCAGAAGGAGUUGCAUCUCCUCAACUGUAUGGGCAAUUAUUGGCCAUAUAUUUACUUCAAAAUGAUCUUCCAAAUGCAAAAUAUUUAUGGAAACGAAUUCCACGUAAUAUUAAAGAAGAAAAUCCAGAGUUAGGUAAAAUCUGGGUUGUAGGACAAAAACUUUGGCAGUGUCAUUCAAGUGUGUAUGUUGCUCUUGAAGAAGAUUGGCCAGAUCAUGUAAAACCUAUACUUUCAGCAAUUGUGGACAUAACCAGAAGUCGAGCUUUACGAUUGAUUGCAAAAGCAUAUUCUUCUAUAAGUGUUGAAAAAGUAGCUUCUUUCCUUGGAAUGAGUGAAGAAGAUUGUGUAGAAGGAUUAUCUUCUCUUGGCUGGGAAGUUGAUGCAGCAUGCAAAAUUGUAAAACCAAAGAGCUUGGAGAAUAAAACUGAAGAGUGCAUUGCGAGUGAAGAGCAAUUGGGAAAACUUACGGAUUUUGUAGCUUUUCUCGAAAAUUAAUUCAUAAUCACUUCAUCACUGAAGUUAUAACUGUAUAUUUUGUGUGAUAUGUUAUUUUCUGUCUAUGAAAGCCGAAUCACUGUACAUUUUUAAAAAUGCGUCAGGAUUUUUAAAAUAAAAGUUGAAUAAAUAUGGAAGGAAAAAAAACUAGAGCUAAUUGUAUAUUGAAUUAUCUUUGAUAAAGUGGUUUGUUGUGCAUAUUUUAAUUGCUUUUAAAACUCUCAGUAUUUCCAAUGUUACAGAAUUUCCCCAUAUAAAUUCAAUGUGAAUACUAAACAUUUUUUGAAUAAAAUGUGAGAGCGAGUCAAAAUGUAAA